CUCACAGUAAAUGUGGAAUAUUCCCUGAGACAGAUGGUUUCAUGAUAACAAGAGAAGAACUUGUGAAAGAGAUGAAGAGAAGAGAAAAGAUGAAGGUCAUGGAGGUGAAACUGAUCACACAUCAUGUCUUCUUUAUCCUGCUGGCUGCCACUGUAAGAGCUCAAGUAAACCCAGAAAUGUGUCGCUACCCUCUUGGUAUGACCGGUGGGCAGAUUCAGGACGAGGACAUCUCUGCCUCCAGUCAGUGGUCCGAGUCAACGGCUGCAAGAUUUGGCAGACUCGACUUUGACAACGGAGACGGUGAUGGGGCCUGGUGCCCCGACAUCAUGUCAGAGGCAGAUGGCCUCAAAGAGUAUCUCCAGGUUGACCUGCGUUCACUGCACUUCAUCACGCUGGUGGGCACCCAGGGUCGCCACGCCGACGGAAUGGGUAAUGAGUUUGCCCAGCGAUACAUGAUCAAGUACAGCCGCGACGGCAGCAACUGGGUGGGCUGGCAUGAUAGGAAGGGAAGGCAGGUAAUUGAGGGGAACAGGAAUGCCUAUGACGUGGUGCUGAAGGAUCUGGAGCCUCCCAUCAUCGCUCGCUUCGUCCGCUUCAUGCCUGUGACAGACCACUCCAUGAUCGUGUGUAUGAGAGUGGAGCUCUACGGCUGUGAAUGGCUGGAUGGCCUGAUGUCUUAUAGCAUUCCAGAUGGGCACCAAAUGAUCUACAGAGGCCUGGAUGUCUACUUUAAUGAUUCUGUAUAUGAUGGAGCGACAGCUGAAAGACUGAAAAAGGGCCUCGGGCAGCUGACAGAUGGCACCUGGGGUCUAGAUGAUUUCCUCCACAGCCACAUCUACGGCUCGUGGCCAGGGUACGACUAUGUAGGCUGGAGCAACAAGAGCUUCCCCAAAGGUUAUGUGGAGAUGAUCUUUGAGUUUGACCAUGUCCGAAACUUCACUUCCAUGAAGGUUCACUGUAAUAACAUGUUCAGCCGAGGGGUGAGGGUGUUCAGACAGGCCACCUGUUACUUCCGGUCAGGCUCAGACUGGGAGGCAGACCCGGUGACCUUAAGGCCCACUGUUGACCGUGUGAGCCAAAUCGCCCGUUUUGUCACCGUCCCCCUCGGGGAUCGCACAGCCAGCGCCAUCAAAUGCCGUUUCCACUUCAGUGACCUUUGGAUGCUGUUCAGUGAGGUGGCUUUCCAGUCAGGCUCAGCAGUUUACAAUACAUCUCUGACUGUUCGCAAACAUGGACACCCUACAAACACACUACCAGGGGACGAUCCCACUCAUAAAGUGGAUGACAGCAAUACCAGGAUCCUGAUUGGCUGCUUGGUGGCUAUCAUAGCCAUCCUAUUGACUAUCAUAGUCAUCAUCCUGUGGCGGCAGGUGUGGCAAAAGAUGCUUGAGAAGGCAUCUCGUCGCAUGCUGGACGAUGAACUUACGGCUCGUCUUGCCGUCCAGACCCAGGCCUUCUCCUUCCACCACUCCUCUCUGUCCAGCGAGGGCGGCUCCACCUCCAACUCCACGUAUGAGAGAAUCUUCCCCCUCUGUGCUGACUAUCAGGAGCCCUCACGCCUCAUCCGAAAGCUGCCUGAGUUUGCUCAGUCCACAGAGCACCUCGGACUGAGCACCUCAUGCAGAGCCCUUGCAGCAGGUGGUUUAGACGGUGCGCCCCACUAUGCGGAGGCAGACAUCAUCAGCCUGCAGGAGUCUUCAGACAGCAGCACCUACUCCAUCGCAGCCGUCAACAUGAAUCUCUUUGCUGGCACCGAUUCAUCCAUGAAAGAGUUCCCCAGACACAAGCUCACCUUCAAGGAGAAACUGGGAGAGGGCCAGUUCGGAGAAGUGCACUUGUGUGAGGCAGAGGGCAUGCAGGACUUUUUGGACGAGGUUUUGUCUAUAGAGGGAAACAAUGAGUCACCUCUGCUUGUUGCUGUUAAAACACUGCGGGAAGAUGCAAACAAGAAUGCAAGGAAUGACUUCCUGAAGGAGAUCCGUAUCAUGUCUCGUCUGAGGGACCCCAACAUUGUCCGUCUGCUGGCGGUGUGUGUGGACACAGACCCUCUGUGCAUGAUCACUGAGUACAUGGAAAAUGGAGACCUGAACCAGUUCCUGUGCACACACUAUACUUAUGAUUCCUCUUUCUUUGUGGUCGCCUCUGCUCUCAGCUACAGUAAACUGAUUGGCAUGGCUGUGCAGAUUGCAUCUGGUAUGAAGUACUUGUCCUCUCUCAACUUUGUCCACCGAGAUCUGGCCACCCGCAACUGCCUGGUGGGUAAGAACUACACAAUAAAGAUCGCUGAUUUCGGCAUGAGUCGGAACCUGUACAGAGGAGACUACUACAGGAUCCAGGGCCGGGCCGUCCUGCCCAUUCGCUGGAUGUCCUGGGAGAGCAUCCUACUGGGUAAGUUCACCAUGGCCAGCGAUGUGUGGGCGUUCGGUGUGACCCUGUGGGAGAUUCUGACUCUGUGUAAGGAGCAGCCCUACUCCCAGCUCUCUGACGAGCAGGUCAUUGAGAACACAGGCGAGUUCUUUAGGGACCAGGGCAAGCAGGUGUACCUGCCAAAGCCGCCAUGUUGUCCUGAAAGAGUCUACACUGAGCUGAUGCUGAGCUGCUGGAGGAGGAAUGCCAAGCAGAGGCCGAGCUUUCAGGAGAUGCACACUCAGCUGAAGGAGAGUCUGGCGUAGUAGAUGGGACUUUUAAUUUCUCUCUGCCAUGCACUGUCUCAUUUGCUCUCUCAGUAUGGAUUUAGUUGGAAUUAAUUUGGAGUCAGAAACAACCCAUCAAAUGUUAUCCAUGUGUUUUAUGCUUGCUUGCCACAAUGGUGCUGUAAAUAAUAGGAAAUGAGGAGAAGGUUUACACUUGAA